AUGGCGUCAAAGAACAAGAAAUUUAACGUGAAACACAUGGGCGGGAACGUGGACAGGAACGAGAGCGAACGAGUGACGAAAGAUUACGAGGAAUACUUCAAAGAGCAAGACGACUCCAAACGCACGGGAAAUUACACCGACGUCGUGAACAAGUAUUACGAUUUAGCGACCUCGUUUUACGAGUACGGAUGGGGCGAAUCCUUCCACUUCGCGCACCGGUACAAGUGGGAAACGCUCAGAGAAUCGAUCGUUCGACACGAACAUUAUUUGGCCUCUAAACUGAACGUGAAGAAAGGAGAUAAGGUUUUAGACGUCGGAUGCGGGAUUGGUGGGCCGUUGAGAGAGAUUGCCGCGUUCACGGGAGCGGACGUGACGGGAUUGAAUAACAACGCGUUUCAGAUUUCGAGAGGGGAACAGAUAAACAAAUCGACCGGGAGACACGACAAUUGCGGGUUUAUUAAGGCUGACUUUAUGAACAUUCCGGUUCCAGAUAACACGUACGAUGCGGUGUACCAAAUCGAAGCGACUUGUCACGCGCCGGACGCGGAAAAAUGUUACGCGGAAAUUUUCCGCGUGUUGAAACCCGGAGGCGUGUUCGCGUCUUACGAGUGGUGUUUAACCGAAGAGUACGACCCGAAAAACGAAAAGCACAAACAAAUCAGACAAGAUAUUUUGUUAGGGAACGGUUUACCGACCGCGAGAAGCUGCAAGGACGUCUCGAACGCCAUGAAAAAAGCUGGAUUUAAGUUGGAGGAAGAGGAAGAUUUGGUGAAAACCAGCGACGUGAACUGGUACGAACCCAUCGACCCAUACCGACGCUGGUCGCCGUUUAGAGAUUUCUGGAGCUUCAAGACGACUAUUUGGGGGCGCGCGAUUACCCAUUAUUUGGUCUUGUUUUUGGAGAUGGUGAGAAUUGCCCCGAAAGGGAGCGUCGGCGUGAGUGGGUUUUUGAAGAAAGGCGCGGACGCCCUGGUCGACGGCGGAAAGACUGGUAUUUACACCGUGAUGUAUUUCACCAAAGCCGUUAAACCGUCAAAGAAGUAA